CACCACCAAGCCAUCGCAGCCUCUGCUUCAUCAACUCCUCACCCACUGUCAUUCACUUUUUACAAACACGCCUUGUUUUGUUUAAUCGACUAAUACAUACUUAAUACUUUCACAAAGCAUUUGUUUAUUUCAACGCCACAAAAACAUACAAAAUGGUCUCCUUCACCUACGUCUUCGCCCUCGCCGCGGUCAGCCUGGCUUCCGCCAACCCCAUCUCCCCCGAGUCCCAGCUCCUUGAGCGUCGGGCCCAAGACUGGACCUGCCCCAGCUUCACCACGGUCAACGCCGAAUACAACCCGCUGGCUUGCUGCGUUUACGGAAGCGCCACGGUUGAAUGCUGCAACAUUCCUGGAAAGCUCUACAACGGCAAGCCCUACGACUCCAAGUCGCUGUCCUGCGACAGCGAGUGGUUCAGCAGCCUUGACAAGUGGAACGUGCUUUGGGAUUGCACCCAGGGCUACACGACGGGUGCUGCCUGCGACGGUGUCCCCAAGAUGCCAAAGGUGGUGUUUUCCUUCCCAACGAACAACUAGAAAAAGUGAUCCAGAG